UCUGGCUCGCACAAGCGAAGCAGGACGACAGAGGAGCCGGUCGGCUGAGGGACUGGGGCUAGAGAACCAGGGCUAGCCCGGACGGACGCGUGUCCCGUGCCGUGUCCCGUGCCUCGGGUAGGGGGGUGGCAGCAGGCAGUCAGUGUCUCGGGUGGCGGGGCCACGAUGGAACUCCUGCGGACUAUCACCUACCAGCCCGCCGCUGGCACCAAGAUGUGCGAGCAGGCGCUGGGCAAAGCUUGCGGCGGGGACUCGAAGAAGAAGCGACCGCAGCAGCCCUCUGAAGACGGGCAGCCCCAGGCCCAGGUGACCCCGGCGGCCCCGCACCACCAUCACCACCACUCUCACUCGGGACCCGAGAUCUCGCGGAUUAUUGUCGACCCCACGACGGGGAAGCGCUACUGCCGGGGCAAAGUGCUGGGCAAGGGUGGCUUUGCAAAGUGUUACGAAAUGACAGAUCUGACAAACAACAAAGUCUACGCUGCAAAAAUUAUUCCUCACAGCCGAGUAGCUAAACCUCAUCAAAGGGAAAAGAUCGACAAAGAAAUAGAGCUCCACAGAAUCCUGCAUCAUAAGCAUGUGGUGCAGUUUUACCACUACUUUGAAGACAAAGAAAACAUUUACAUUCUCUUGGAGUACUGCAGCCGAAGAUCCAUGGCUCAUAUCUUGAAAGCGAGAAAGGUGUUGACGGAGCCAGAAGUCCGAUACUACCUCAGGCAGAUUGUGUCAGGACUCAAGUACCUUCAUGAACAAGAGAUCUUGCACAGAGAUCUGAAGCUAGGGAACUUUUUUAUUAACGAAGCCAUGGAACUGAAGGUUGGAGACUUUGGUUUGGCAGCCAGACUGGAACCAUUGGAACACAGGAGGAGAACAAUAUGUGGUACCCCAAAUUAUCUCUCCCCCGAAGUCCUCAACAAACAAGGACAUGGCUGUGAAUCCGACAUCUGGGCCUUAGGCUGUGUAAUGUACACAAUGCUGCUAGGAAGGCCUCCAUUCGAAACCACAAACCUGAAAGAAACGUACAGGUGCAUAAGGGAAGCAAGGUAUACGAUGCCGUCUUCAUUACUGGCCCCGGCUAAGCACUUGAUAGCUAGCAUGCUGUCCAAAAACCCAGAGGACCGCCCCAGUUUGGAUGACAUCAUUAGGCAUGAUUUCUUUUUACAGGGCUUCACCCCAGACAGGCUGUCUUCCAGCUGUUGCCAUACAGUUCCAGACUUCCACUUAUCAAGUCCAGCUAAGAAUUUCUUCAAGAAAGCCGCUGCUGCUCUUUUUGGUGGCAAAAAAGACAAAGCAAGAUAUAACGACACACACAAUAAAGUGUCCAAAGAAGAUGAAGACAUUUACAAGCUUAGACAUGAUUUGAAAAAGACUUCAAUAACCCAGCAACCCAGCAAACACAGAACAGAUGAGGAGCUCCAGCCGCCUCCCACUACAGUUGCCAGAUCUGGAACAUCCGCAGUGGAAAACAAGCAGCAGAUUGGGGAUACGAUCCGGAUGAUCGUCAGAGGGACUCUUGGCAGCUGCAGCAGCAGCAGUGAAUGCCUUGAAGAUAGUACCAUGGGAAGUGUUGCAGACACAGUGGCAAGAGUCCUUCGAGGAUGUCUAGAAAACAUGCCAGAAGCCGACUGUAUUCCCAAAGAGCAGCUGAGCACGUCCUUUCAGUGGGUCACCAAAUGGGUCGAUUACUCCAACAAAUACGGCUUUGGGUACCAGCUCUCAGACCACACUGUUGGAGUCCUUUUCAACAAUGGCGCCCACAUGAGCCUCCUUCCAGACAAAAAGACAGUUCACUAUUAUGCAGAACUUGGCCAAUGUUCUGUUUUCCCAGCAACAGAUGCCCCUGAACAAUUUAUUAGUCAAGUGACGGUGCUGAAAUACUUUUCUCAUUACAUGGAGGAGAACCUCAUGGAUGGUGGCGAUCUCCCUAGUGUUACUGAUAUUCGAAGACCUCGGCUCUACCUCCUCCAGUGGUUAAAAUCUGAUAAAGCCUUAAUGAUGCUCUUCAAUGACGGCACAUUUCAGGUGAACUUCUACCAUGAUCAUACAAAAAUAAUCAUCUGUAACCAAAACGAAGAGUACCUUCUCACGUACAUCAAUGAGGACAGGAUAUCUACAACCUUCAGACUGACAACUCUGUUGAUGUCUGGCUGUUCGUUAGAACUGAAAAACCGUAUGGAAUAUGCCCUGAACAUGCUCUUACAGAGAUGUAACUGAAGACCCUUUUGAGUGGACCCUAUGGGACUCUUUUCCACUGUGAGAUCAACAGGGAAGCCAGCGGAGGGAUACAGAGCAUGUUGACGAUGGACAAGUGGUGGUACGACUCCUCCAGUUCCUCAGUGGCCCGCUGGACUGCUGGAACCAGACCAGCCUAAGGUGUACAGUUAACUUUGGACAAUCCACGAGUGGCGCCGGCUGCAGUUUUCCUUGAAGUACCUGUCUUUCAAAGGUCUAUCGGACAAUUUUGCAGAAAGAUGCAUUGACUCUUACGUUCUCUCUGUGGAGAGUGUUUCAGCCAGAGGACUUGGAACUGUGAAUAUACUUCCUGAAGGGGAGGGAGAAAGGGAGGAUGCUCCCUUGUUGUUUAAAGGCUACAAUCAGAGCAGCUUUUGGCUGCUUAACUGUGAACUAUGGCCAUAUAUAAUUUUUUUUUUUUGGUUAUUUUUGAAUACACUUGUGGCUGGAAAAAAUGCAUUCCUUGUUAAUAAACGUUUUAUUUAUUACAGCCCCAAGAGCAGUAUUUAUUAUCAAGAUAUUCUUUUUUUUAUGUUGACCAUUUUGAACUCUUGGCAAUAAAGAGUAUAAAAAUAAAA